CAUGCUAAUCCUCGCAUAAGUACGUGGCUCAGAGAUUAUUUUGCCUUCUCCAACUCCCCUAAUGGAGAAGCAAAGAGAUUUGCUUUUCUUCUGUCUCGUUCUCUCCUGCUCUUCUUCUUUCCUUCCUUGGGUCUCUUCUUCAGAAGGUGGCCUAGAGAAGGUGUCUCCGCAACGGCUGUUCGUCUUCGGGGACUCCUACGCCGACACCGGAAACACCGAGAAAUCGAGCGGUGGGUGGCACCCGCCUUAUGGCUCCACUUUCCCAGGGGAACCGUCCGGCCGCUUCUCUGACGGCCUUGUGUUGACCGAUUAUGUUGCAUCCUUUUUGGGUAUAGAGUCUCCUCAGCCCUAUACAUGGAGAAACGACGUGAACAAGACUCUGCUGCAACAUGGGAUGAACUUCGCAUUUGGGGGGACAGGCGUGUUUGACACCAUGGCCAGAGAACCAAACAUGACCACCCAAAUCGAUUAUUUCCAAAGCUCGGUCGAACAGAAUGUCUACACCAAACAGGACCUCAGUUCCUCCGUCGCCCUGGUCUCGCUUGCCGGGAAUGAUUAUGCCGCUUUCACUAUGAAGAAUGGCAACCAAGAGGAGCUGCCGUCUUUCAUCACAUCGGUCAUCGACCAGCUAGUCUACAACCUGAAGCGCAUUAAAGGCUUAGGAGUCGGCAAAAUAGCGGUCACAGCAUUAGAGCCACUGGGGUGUUUGCCUCAGAUCACCGCUGUCUCUUCGUUCAAGAAUUGCAGCUCAAAUUGGAACUCCAUAACUCGGCUUCACAACCACCAGUUGCGCCGAUCUCUGCAAGAGCUGAAGAAGAAUGAGAGCAUGAUGGGGCCGUCGUCGCCAUCGUCGUCGUCCGCCCUUGUGAUCUUGGACCUCCACAGUGCCUUUGUCUCUGCUCUGAAUGUGCUACGACACCAAUCGGGCAAUUUAAGUGAGAAUCCAUUGAAGCCAUGCUGUGUUGGUGUGACAGAGGGUUACUCAUGUGGCAACAUAGGCGACAAAGGAGUGAAGAACUACGCAUUGUGCAACCAUCCGGAGACAUCGUUUUUCUGGGACAACAUCCACCCUUCUCAGAAUGGAUGGCACGCCGUUUACUCUUUUCUGCAUUCUUCUCUCCACCGUCUUUUGUAACAGUACAAGAUAUUAUAAAUGCAUAUAUGUGAGUAAUCAUCUGUCAGUCAACCCGCACCAAACUAUUAGCUAAUUUCUGGAUUGAAUGGCCAGUGUGAUUGAUGUAUGAAAUCAAGAAAUCAAGUACCAAGUGUUUUAAGCUUUUGUGCUGCUUAUUAGACCUUUGGAUCAACUACUUUUGGCCAGAAACCAUGCAUACUAUCGAAAAGCUUUGAACUCC